AUCAUAAAUAUAAUAUCUUUUUUACUUGAAAAUUGAAGCAAGAAAUCCAUUCCAAUUCUGCAAGAAAACAACAACAAAAUCCUUACAAUUUUCAUCUUCAACAAGACAAGACAAAACUAAACCAAACAAAACAGGCUUUAUCAUGUUUGAACUCGACUCAUCUUCCCUUACAUUCCUCCCUUGCUUCACCUUCUUCAUCUCUCUGUUCUUCUUCUUCUACUUCUACUUCUACUUCUCAUACUCUCCUUGUCAUCCUAAAACCAAAACCCCAUCUCCACAAUCCUACCCCAUCAUCGGAAACCUCCCCGGCUUCCUCCGCAACCACCGCCGCUUCCACGACUGGGUCACUGAACUCCUCUCCCAAACCACAUCUUCCACUAUCCAAGUCAACUCCUUCCUCAACCUCUCCCAUGGCAUCUGCACUGCUGACCCCAUCAACAUCCAGCAUCUCCUCCUCUCCAACUUCUCCAACUACAUCAAAGGCUCCCGCUACCACAGCGUCCUCCACGAACUCCUCCGCCACGGCAUCUUCAGCGUUGACGGUCACCUCUGGACCCUGCAGCGUAAGAUUGCCAGCCACGAAUUCAACACCAGGUCACUCAAACACUUCAUUUCUGAAGUGGUGAAAUCGGAAAUCUCUAAAAGCUUCAUCCCGUUCCUCUCCGACGCCUCUGAUCGGAAUAUCGUGUUUGAUCUUCAAGAAUUGCUGCAAGAUUUCACCUUCAAAAACAUAUGCAACGUCGCGUUCGGUGUUGACUCUUCGUGCAAGCAGAACUCAUCGGAAUUUAUGAAAGCUUUUGAUGACGCUGUGGAAAUUUGUUCUUCAAGAUUCACGAAUCCAGUUCCUGCAAUUUGGAAGACUAAAAGAUUUCUCAACAUUGGAUCCGAGAAGAGAUUUAAGGAAGCUAUUAAAGUUAUAAACGACUACGCAAUGGAAAUACUUAAGUCGAAAGAGAAGGAAGAAGAAGAAACAACAAAUUUUGAUUUGUUAUCAAGAUUCAUGGCGGCAAGUUCAAGCAUGGAGAUGGAAGAAGAAGAAAAGAGAAAGUUUUUAAGAGAUAUAGUUAUAAGUUUCAUUCUCGCCGGGAAAGAUUCAACGUCGACGGCGUUGACUUGGUUCUUCUGGCUGAUCGCCGGCCAUCCUCGAUGUGGGUCUUUGAUAAGAGAGGAAUUAUCUUCAUUGCCGGCAUCGGAGCUCCGGCCAAGAAUCUUCAGUUACGAUGAAUUGAAGAAGCUGCAUUAUUUGCAUGCAGCUCUAUCAGAGUCCAUGCGGCUGUUCCCUCCCGUACCGAUCAAUUCAAGAUUAACGGUGGAUGAUGAUGUUUUGCCGGACGGAACCCACGUGAGGAAGGGGUGGUUUGCUGAUUAUUCAGCAUAUGCGGUGGGGAGGAUGGAGAAAGCGUGGGGCCGUAAUUAUAUGGAGUUUAAGCCUGAGAGAUGGUUGAACGGUGAUGGGGUUUUUCAGCCGUCGGAUCAGUUUAGAUUUCCUGUGUUUCAUUGUGGGCCCAGGAUGUGUUUGGGGAAGGAGAUGGCUUAUGUGCAGAUGAAGUCGAUUGCGGCGGCGGUGAUGAAUGAGUUUGAGAUUUUAGCCAUUGAUGGUGGUGGGACUGCAGGGAGGAUCAUGGACCCGCCUUACACCUUAUCAUUGGUGCUCAAGAUGAGAGGUGGGCUUCCAGUUCAGAUAAGGAGAAGAUAAAUGUUUAAUUAUAAAUAUUCAAUGUAGUCUU